AUGACCUUCGAGUAUACUGAGAAUAUGCCGCACGAUGAAGACGAUGCCUCUGACGCGUCAUCUGACGUGACCGAACUUGAAGAACUUGACUUUCCGGACCACUUUUUCGAAAGGGACGGAAGGCUCUUCCAUUCUCAUGGUAGCUUGCCGUAUCCAUUGCCUGUCGACGGGCCGGAGCAAGCAAGAUUAAACAGUAUUCAUAGAAUCUUGCGCGAUACCGUCGAAUCCCUUUACCUUGGCCCAGUAACCGAUGUGCUCAGUGAUGCGCGCACCAGGCAAAGACGUGUACUCGAUUUGUGCACUGGGACAGGUCAAUGGCCGAUGGAUAUGGCCAGAUCAUUUCCCUUGUCAAGAUCUACGGUCCCGAUUGCCACUAGACGCCCCUUGCCACACGUGCAAUUCGAGAUCCAUGAUAUCACAGAACGUUUCAGAUGGAACAAUGGAGCUAUGGACUUUGUCCAUGCUCGUAAUAUCGAUCUCGCUAUUACGGAUUACCCAGAACUCCUCCGGGAAGUUGCUCGGUUGCUCCGUCCCGGCGGUCUCUUCUUCUCCGGCGAGAUUGGGCGCUACAUCGACGUUGCUCAUGGGUCUUCCUUCGACCUUGCUCGCCAAGCACCUCAUGCGCGAGACUUCUUUCAGGCGGUUAACCACUCCCUCGAGCUCCGUCACUUGGUUCCCAUCGCCGAUAGGGUCCCUAGUUUUAUUCAGCAAUCUCGUCACUUCACUGUGCCCACUAUCCAGACGUUCCAUAUUCCGUGGCGUGUCGGUAAGAUGUAUUUGGCCGCCCUAAAGGAUUUCGCGGAGAGCCUCAAACCCAUGCUUCGCGAGGCAGGGAUGACCCAACUCGAGAUUAACACCCUUGUCACUGGGUUUAUUGAGGACAUAGAACGCGUCCCUGGCCUGGUUGGGGUCUACCAUACGGCGUGGGCGAGGAAGUUGUAA